GCAUCUUCCAAGCUGGACACCAUUAGGUAUUCCUCGACUGGAGAUCACAACAGCCCUUUUGAAUGCUUACCGAUGAUGUGCCUCAAGAGCGAACGAACUAGCUGACAUCUCAGAACAAGUGAUACCGCUCAUACUACUGCUGGCUACUGUGCAGAAGUCUUCGAUCGCAGUUGAAUUGCAAGCGUGCAGCUGCUGAGAACCAUUCCUAGAUCUUGGAGAGCCAGCACGCGUCGAGAACGUUCACCACCUCAUAAGCCUGUUACAAUAGGUGAAAUGCUUGGACUGUACAGAAGGAUCUACCAGUCGCUUGUGCAAGCACUUACUUUCACUUCGUUGCGCGCACAUUUAAAACCCCUCGCCGUCACCUCAACUUGUGGGCUUUUCAAACACAAUCAAUCGGCGUCCUCUCUUCCUCACCUUUGCUAGUUGUCACCUCACUGAUUCCCAAUUGUUCUAAUCGACCAUGACAUACGAGCGCCAGCAAGUGCCACGACGCCGCAAAUCAUGGCGUACUUCGGACGCCCGUUCAUCCCAGUCAACCAGACAGACUCUGCGACAGCAAUCGCCUGAGUCGUACGUGUCGGUCCGGCAACCGACUUCAACAUGGGCACAGUCUGGCGCCUGGACAGCUUCAAAGCACGGCGAGCAUCCAGAGCCUGCGACGACUCCCGUGACAUCAGUGCCACCUGCACACGCCUUCCAGAACCCGAAUCUUAUACCAGUGAAUCCCCGGCGCUCAUAUGCUGCAAGGAACGCUUUGCCGGUCGAGACCUCUCAGCACGAUACAAAUCUGGACGAGCAGCGGCUACCGCAGAUUUGGAACACAUCAAUUGAUGACCUCAUCAGACGUGCUGCACACGAGUAUGACCUGGUUAUGAACUAUGAGCGCGACGCUGAAGGCGGUCAACGUUGGCUGCCCGAAGACGUUGCAAGAAUUCGACGUACUGGCAAAGACCUCCAUCGUGAUAUAUUUGCUCUGAGGCGCUGGCGACACGUUGUCGCUGAACAAGGAGACCAGGACAAGGAUAUGAUGAUUCGGAUCAAAAGGGAGGCAAAUCUUUUGAAACUGCUCUGUGAACGUGUGCGGAGGGCGAUUAACACAUACGAGCAGAAGUGCGAGUUCGAGCUUUUGAGGGACGGUGUAUAUGCACAGGACGAAGAUGGCAGUUUCUACAAGCCUAUCGCACCACAGCCGUUCAUGGUUGCGGAUGGCUAUUUCCAGCAUCCUCCACGACCACGAACCGAGUACGAGAACGAGUACAGCCGGUAUCCUCCUUUCGAUUACAAGGCAGCGCAAUUUGAGGUGUCAAAUACCAACAUUUCGCAGUCCACGACGCCUUGGAAGGACCCUUUCUCACUACAUCUAAAGCAUGGUCUUCCUUUCGACGUCGCAUCUCAAACAUCUCUAUCGAGUGAGCUCAAAGCCGACAGUAUCUGUAAAAACUCCGAAUCUAGCUACCAGCCAACUCCCCGUCGUCUUGAUAGCGUUCCUGACCGCCGGAUCUCAAAGACAGACCGCAACCCGACACGCAAUGCCCACCAGCGCCGUAGCCUCUCUUCGACGGACCGUCACGACUCUCCGGACUCUGUCGCACACUCUGUGGGAACCAAGUCCAAAAAGUAAGUUGCUGGUAGGUCGUGCCAGAGACUCGAGGAUUCUAAAUAGCGGCUCAGAAAGCGGUGUCGUGGUGGACGUACCAACAUACAACAACGAGAAGGUAGGUCACGCCGCGAGGUGAAGAGAGACGAAGCACAGACUUGCUCUCCUCGUCCAAUCGUAGGUCGGUUAGGAAAACACGUGCUUCACUAUUAAGAGUGUACGAUAAGGCAUGUUUACGGCAUCGUGAUCAGGGCAACAAAGCUGAGGCUGAGGGAGGAGUGCAACGGCAAGAGGUAUGCAUGGAAUGACAUGCGAUAUCGAUCAAUCUAUCUGGGCUACGAAGGGUUCGUUGGAUCGAUAGCGCUCCGUGACACCUCAGACUUGAGCUGACC